UAGGUUGUUUACACAAAUCAGAACAGCCGGCCGACGUUUAUCUAAUUUAAUUAUGUAAAGAACUAAGUGGCUCUGUUAAGAUAUAGACCUAUAGAUCAUAUAGGCCUAGAGCACACACACUCAGAUAGGAGGCACGUGACAUCAUAAUAUAUGUGGGUAGAUUAGAACAGAAAAUAUUAUAUUAAGAUUUUACAUUUAAAGAAUCAAACCAACAAGAUGGCGCCCCAAUCUUUGCCUGUUCUGUAUGCUUCUGGUACACACUACCAAGUUGGGUUUACUGUGGGGCAGACGUUUGCAUCUAACAUUAAAAGGUUUCUAGCAGAGUCCACUGGAGUUCAGGAAAUUGACAUUCCAUUUUACAAUUCAGACCAGGGAAAAAACCAUUUCAACUCAAUGUUGGAAAUAUGCAAAACAAACUUUCCUCAGUAUGUACAGGAGAUACAAGGAAUGGCAGAUGGAGCUGGUAUCAACUUUGAUGAUCUCUUCAAGCUCAGCUUGUCCAAGGAAGUCCACAACAUUUUAGCCAAAGAGCCAGCUAAAGCCAAGGUCAAGGAGAUGGCUGGCUGCACUGACAUCUUUAUCAAUAAGCCAACAUGUAAAAUUUUAGGCCACAAUGAAGACUGUGAUCCCAAAAUUAAACCUUAUGGCUACAUCCUCAGUGCAUGUAUAUUAGAUGAUGAAGACAAAGAGGUGGAAAACUUUACUGCUUAUUGCUACCCUGGGGUCUUGCCUGGGACAGCAUUUUCUUUUAACAAACAUGGGAUGGUUUUUACUGUAGAUGGACUGUAUCCUAAUUUUAUUGUCCCUAAUGCUCCUCCUAGAAUGUUUCUUAACCGUAACAUUAUAAAAGCUCGAUCAUUGGAUGAGGCAGUAGAAUUGAUUGAAAAUAAAGGUUUUGGUGUGGCAUAUGGAUUUACUGUGAACAUUGCAGAUGUUAGAAAACCUAAAGAGAUGUGGUCCAUUGAGAUAAGCCCUCAAGCCAACGCAAGCCUAUAUCAUAUUCACAAGGUGUCAGAGCAAAGUGACACCCAGGAACCGUGUCACUACAUCCAUAUCAACUCCUUCAAACACCUGACCACACCACAGGUUUCUAAGCUAAGGAGUUCUGAGGCUAGAACUAAAAGAACUGAGGAGCUUCCAGCCCCAGAAAACAGAGAAGAUGUUUUAAACAUGCUGGGUGAUGAGGGGAACCAGGACUUCCCCAUUUACCGCACUCCCCGCCCCACGGAUCUUUCCAUCACAGCGUGUACGGUGGUCUUUGACCUCCUGAGGAACAGGGCCGAUGUUUACACAGACAACCCAAGCAAAGAAAAGACCAGCCCUUUGUUGCAUUUCAGUAUCUUAGACCUUUGAGACUUUGAUACACAAUUAUAAAUAGCUCCAUUGAUUUUUAACAUAGCUCUACUUAAUAUCAAAUAAAUAAGUAACUUUCACUUCUUUUGAAAAUUAGACCAAAGCUUGUGUAUGCAAAACUUUAAGUGUGAGAUAUUGUUUUAGCGUUGUGUGAGCGGUUUAAAUCCAAUUUUUUUGUUGUUUUCAAUUUUCUUCUUUCAUUGUAUCCUUGAUUGUCCCAUACUCGAGCCUUACUUCAUCAUGAUGUAGAGUCCCUGCUCUACAUUUGUUAUAAAAAAUAACCUAUAAAUU